AUGGUAGAUCCAGAGCUAUGGCAAUUUUUCGAGAUACUAUCUCACACGAGAGGGCCCGGUAGCAGGAUCUACUUAGAGGUCAUCUGGGUCGGAUCUCCCAACCUUCGCGGCCGUAAGAACGCAUUGAAGGCAUUGCGAGGCUCGUCAGGCCCGAAGGGUUCGCUGACGACAUGA